GCAGCACCGCCGAUCCUGAAAGCAGCGCCUGCUGCUGUGUGCAGCGCCGCAUUGAACAACAUGAUGUGAAGAUCGGUUUUUAUUUAUUGCUUGCACACAAGCACAGUGUUUGUGAAAGGAAACAAAAUAUCCAUGUACACUGCCGAACGGCUGGCUGGCUGACUGUUUUCUUUUGUGUUUUUUUUGGAAACUAUGAACGCCUUUAUUUGGGGGGUCAAAUCCAGAUGUUUUGUUUGCUGAAGAAAAGAUGCUGCGGGGCAAGAAAUUGUUCGGCCACGAGGGCUCCGAUGGCCAUUAUUGCGCCAAUUACUGCCUAGCGCUUUAACGAGACACUGAUAGCCGAUGAUAGGGUCAUAUCGCCUUUCAGGUGCUUUAAUGCGCAGGUGCUGACCUAACAGAAAGUAUAACGGGGUUUGGUUACAGAGAGAGGAUGGUGGCGGAGAUGGCGAGCUGCGGAGCGGCUUGUCACCUGGAGGACGGAGACGGAGAUGUCCCUGCGCCUGAACACAAAGAUAAUCUGACAGAAAGUGACAGCAGUAGUUCAGAGAACGCAGGAACAUCCACUGAGGACAGCUCAGAGGAGGAAGAGGAGGAUGAAGAGGAGGAGGAAGAGGAUCCUGAAGGCUGUGCUAGGAAGGAUGGAGGAGAGGAAGACAAUGAGGCCGAUGCAGAGGAGUCUAGAAAUGAGUCAGUCCCUGGACCUGAAGCAGGGGUUUCAAAUGGAAAAGAUGAGAGACACUUCAACUUAAGCUGUGAAAAAUGCAAAGCUAUCCAGCAGAGCCAUGGCUAUGAGCUUGUUACCCCGAGGAGGAUCACUAAGGGACGAUUACAGGUGCAGCUGGAAGGAGAGGGCACGUAUGAGUGUUCGGUCACCGGCCUGGUGUUUGAAGCAUCGGAGCGGGUUCUCGUGCGGUACUCUGUCUUGUCCUGGUCCAAGUUCGGCACAUUCCUCCGGGACUCCUGGAAAUUUGCUGGACCCAUCUUUAAUGUGGACACAGUCAAUAAGGACGCGUCUGUCCUCAAGUCCAUCCAGUUCCCUCACUCCGUCUGCCUUGCCGAUCCAGAAAAUGAGAUGACAUUCAGCGUCCUGCACAUAAAGGACAACCGUCCGCUCAUCGAGCCGACAGUGGACCACUCAGGUAGCCAUGUGAAGUGGAAUGUGACGUCCCUGUCACCUGUGGGUCCCAUCAUUCAGACGAGCCAAUCUGUAGAGCACCACGGGGUGGUCCUGGUCUACAAGCAGCUGGGAGGUGACAACAACAACAACAACUACAGCUUCCACAUCUACCUGGCCACCAACAGUUCAUCUGACAUCAAGGAUAUAGCCAAACAGGUGCGGGGCUACAAGAAUCGUUACAUUCGGAUAGAGAAGCCUCCCACAUGUAAACUGGACGAGGGGACGUAUCGUCUCAUGAGCGAGCCAGAGGGAGACAUCAAACCUCAGGAUUUGAAAUUCACCCUAGCGGUGACUAAGAUGAAAGGCUACUUUGAAGCUUUCUUUGAGCAGCCUCCUCCCUUUAAAUUGUCUCUCAUAGACAUUAACACUGAGGAGACUGUAUGGUCCGCCACCAUCAGAGAAGGUGAUUGUGUGGAUACCACAGAAAAGAAGCCAAGGAAAAGGACAAACAGCAGACAGAGGAGCAGCAGCCCCUCAGAAGAAGAAACAGCCUGUAAAAGACCUCGAUGGCAGGAUGAGUCAGAUGGAGUGAAAACAGUGAUGACUCUGGGCCAGGACAUGUCCGAGAAGCAGCUACUGCAGGUGGCCAAGCGGCUCGGGAAGGAGUGGAAGCAGGUGGCCAUCUAUCUAGGCCUGAACUCCAGGGAGCUGGACGACAUCCAGGUAGCGGAGAAAGAUGUGACCAUGCAGAAGUUGAAGAUGCUGGUGGAGUGGAAGAGCAGGAGGAGGCUGGGAGAGGCCACGGCGUAUGACCUGUGGAAAAGUGUGGAGGAACUGGAUGACUUGCCAAAUGAGGUCCAUCAGACACUGCGAGACAUGAUAGAAAAUCGAGCAGCUAAGUGAAAGGAAUUUGACUUAAAUUGACUGGUGGAUAUCUGCUGCUCCACCAUCAGGAAGGAAACAAAAUCUCAGGAAUACAACAAAGCAGAGUUGACCUAUGGACCAAACAUCAGCGCUUCUCUCAGUUUGUGUUUCUCUUUUGAAUGUUGUCUGGACAUGAGUUUGAUUAGUUUCUGUAUUGCCGCAUUUCAUGAAAAGGGCCACUGUCUUAUCUGUGGAUGGGCAUUUUCCCUAAUUUUGAUUCUGUAAUGAAUACAGAAUAGACAAGCUGUACCUAAAGCUUCAUUUGUGUAGCCAGAAUUUGAUGCUUAGCAUUAUCAGGUUCAAAAAUGACCAGUAGAUGUAGAAGUGUAGCAGUCAUUGAGAUAUUUAGUGGCUAAUUAUGUAGCCAGUAACAUGUAAAUGUAGGUGCUGCAGUGUUGAAACUGCAAAAAAUGGGAAAAAUCCAACCUGUGUAUCUUGUUUCACUUUUAAAUGUUAUGUUUGUGGGACUUUUUAUAAAACAAUUAAGGAUUACAUCACAUGCACAUGCUUGUGACUGUCCAAACCAUUCGGACUGAAUUAUAUUUUUAUAUUUGUGCACACUAUGUCCUGUACAUAUCUUUUUUUUACCAACUUUUUCAAACCUGUGAUCUAUUUUUUAAGUCUGUUUUGUCUGUUUAUGCCUGUUUUGAGUAGCCUAAUUAUGUUAUUUUGUUUAACAAAUUAUGAAUCCAUUCCUGCCCUCCUUUGACUAGAACGCACAUCAAUGUUUGUUGAAUAUAAAUGUUGUUUGUGUGUAUUACAAAAGUGUACACUGUGGAAAAAACAAAUCCCAAGCAUUUGGAUUCAGGGAUGAAUUUAAGUAUUCUACCUGUGUGAGUGCAGCUACAGCCUGGCAACAUUCAUAUAUUUUUAUGAGUCAUCUUUUCAAGGCUUAUUUCAUAGCUGUAGAGCUUAGAACACUUAAAUUCUGAAAAACAAAAUAUACUGUAAGCUGCCUUUGGAAAUAUUUAAAAUGUUCUCAACAUUGCUGCAUUAGUCACAGCACAGCUUUGCUUCUGUUUUACCUAUUUUCAAAUGACACUGUUUCCAGACAUCUCAACACUAUUUGGGAAAAGCUGCAGACAUGGUUUCUGGAGUGUCGAAUCUUUUAGGGUCUUCCAUGCUGAUAUUUUGCAGUAGUGUUUACAUUCAGAGAACAGGGUUGCUUCCUUAAACAAAUUACCCCCAACAAUCCAGUCCGUCCUUUUUGCACUUGUUUCUAUCAUGUCAGUUUCCUUUUGAAUUAUUGUAAAGAAGCAAAUGUUGACUGAAUUAAACAAAAGAAGGUC